AAGUGGCGGCGGCGGCCAUGUUUGCCCCUGUGCUGUGUUCGGAGCAGCUUUGUUGUGGCGUCGUCCCCCUGCGCUGCGGUCCGGAGCUGAAAUGGAAUCGGCCUGGGGCGCCUUCAUCUUUCAGGCCAGUGAAGUCUCUCAACAGCAACACCAGCAGCAUAUCCAGAAUAACCUAUUGCCAAUAUUGCAUUCGACAGCCGAGCAGCGGGAGCAAGCUCCCUCGACGGCAAUGCCCGCACCUCAGAAGACCCGAUCCCAAAGAAACCCCAAAGCCACCGGCGGUGGUGGUAGAGAAGAAGGAAAAACCAGGACGCCAGUGAUUUGCAGUUAUUGCAGCAAAGCGUUCCGAGACAGUUACCACCUCAGGCGCCACGAGUCGUGUCACACUGGAAUAAAGUUGGUGUCGCGGCCAAGAAAGAUACCGACCGUGGUGUCGUUGAUCUCCUCCACACCCGGCUCUGUCGGUACGCCCACCCUGGUGUCAGCCGUCGCGAGCAUGCUAACUCCGACCGGCACCACCCCUUCCGGGGUGGGUGGCAGUACCUCGUCGGGCCCCCCGAGCAAGAACCCCAACAGGCGGGUAAAGAAGAACCACGGCUGUGAACUGUGCGGGAAGGCCUUCCGCGACGUCUACCACCUGAACCGGCACAAACUCUCCCAUUCGGACGAGAAGCCGUUCGAGUGCCCGGUUUGCCAGCAGCGCUUCAAACGGAAGGACCGCAUGAGCUACCAUGUGCGGUCACACGAAGGGGGCAUCACCAAGCCCUACAUCUGCAGCCUUUGCGGGAAGGGUUUCUCCAGGCCUGAUCAUCUGAGCUGUCAUGUCAAACAUGUUCAUUCCACAGAGAGACCCUUCAAAUGCCAAACUUGCGAUGCUGCUUUUGCCACCAAAGACCGCUUGCGUUCACACAUGAUACGCCACGAAGGGAAGGUGUCUUGCCACAUUUGUGGCAAACUGCUCAGUGCGGCUUACAUCUCCAACCACAUCAAAAUGCACAAUCACAACCAAAAUCACAAUUGCAACGUCUGUAACAAAGACAGCGGCGAGGUUUGCCAUACUCCAGCUCCCGCUCCAAGUUCCGUCAAUGUGGCAGUCCGGCCAGUGGAGAGCAUGCCUUUUCUGCCGCAAGCCUUGCAAUCAUCUCCGCCCUGGUGAAAGGAAACAAGAGCGCCACGUUAUCAGCUGAACCAGAACUGUAACCAGCAGACACGCUGGUAACUUAGAAACAAAAGCAAACUAAGGAUCAUCAGUUAUCUCCUUCAAGAAAAUAAAAGAGGAGAUAUAAGAGGUUUUCCUCCAAGAAGGAACAAAAAAAAACAAUCAUCUGUUGGUUUUUCAAAUUGUGGUCUAAUGUUCAGGCUUCUGGAUUUAUUGACUAGCUUAAAGGUAGGUUUUAUUUCAGUCUGUACCUCAGUCUGGGAAUAGGCUGCAAAAAAAAUAGACUUACCGGUGUCUAAAUAUGUACAUAUAUGAAAUCAUUCUAUCGAUGGACGCUAUUUCUGUCCAAACAAACACGAGAAAUUCUUUUAAUUAGCGCAAGACUGAGGAAUUGACUUUUCUUACCUUGAGUUGGGCUGUCUGCUCAGGGCUGCAUUUAAUUGUACACAUUCAGCUGAUUUUUACUGAGAAGGACAGGGAGGGAGGGGUGAGGUGGGGGCGUAGCGGAAGCACCCAGUUUGAAAAACAAGAGCUUGACACACCUUGAGUGUCGUCUCAACUCGUCUCCCUCCCCCCUCUCCAUUAAUUACUGUAUAAAUUAGUAUCUUAAGUUGCACCCGCUGUAUUUGAAAGUGCUCAGUCACACUUUGGUUUAAAAUUGCACUGGCGCAUGUUAUUCCCUUUACUUAACUUACAAGGACUUAAAAAUGUUGUGAAAAGUAUGAAGAUGCUCGUCUCCCCUAUGCUGUUCCGUGGCUUCAGCUUUCGUUUCUUUUGUUCUAAACGCCCGCGUGUUUUUAGAAACUCUAUCCGUUUUUUUUUCUUUAGUGCUUUGCUCGGGGUAUUCUUUUCUUUUUAAGCUACGUAUUUUCCGAUGUGAAUUUAACCCGUUUUCAUGCUUACCUAAUAAUCAUGACUGUCCGUUUUGUUCUCGAAACCGGGAUCCAGCCAUGAAUCAUUCUACUUGUCCACAAGGAUGUGACCUACUACAGAUCAGAGCAAAUCCUACAGAGGAGUAGGUUAUAUUAUAAUGUGCAAUCUAUUGCCAAGUCUACUGGUGGUAUGAUUGGAAUUCUACUGAUGUGCCAAACCCCAAACUAUAUCUCCUAAAUUAUCUCUCUUCCCCUCACCCACUCCUUUCCCCAACCUGAAACUUUUGGUACAGUCAGAUUGUAAACUAUUACUUGUUCUAUAUAGAUAUAUAUAUAUUGAUAUAUAUCCUAUAUAUAAAAUUCCUUGCAAGAAAAAAAUUUUUUGGUUUCAAUUCCAUAUAAUUAAUUAAUUGAUUAUUUUGAAGCACGUGGAAAUUAUAACAUUUAUAGGUCCUGUAAAAUGAUCUCUUCCCACUCUUUCUCCUCGCUCUCUCUCUCUUCCCCAGGUGCAAUUGCUUCUUUUUUAAUGGAAAAAAGGGUUUUCAGAAGCACAAAAUCAUGUAUUUUCUGACCAUACCUAUGAAAUGAGUAGACAUUGUCUUUCAGGCUAUCUUGUCCACAGGGUUUCCUUAUCCAAGUAUUAGGUGCAUUUAUUUUGUUGGGUCGGUAUUUUGGAUAAUGAUUAACGUAAGAGGAAAAGGUAUAAUCUAGAAUCUAUAAUGCUUUAAGGACUUGCCAAUGGCUCAAUGGGUAUAUAGCGUUUUUUGGGGGCAGUCAGGUGUCUUGAUACGUGUGGAAACCCAUCACCAUGCUUAAGAGUAUUCAAAUCAGACCGAAAGUUCCAAAUAUUUAUGACACCUACACGUGGAAAUUUCCCGGUGUGUGGAAUGAAAUGCGC